AUGAAGAACAACACCAUCUCCACCACGCAACCUGGCGACAUGGAGCACGCGAUCGCCAUCUCGCCCGUCCCCGCCGCCGCCCAGACGACGACUGCCUCCGCCCAAGAGGACGCCACCAACGAGAAGUGUAACGCCACCACCGCCCCCAACGCCACUAUCGCCGUCGCCGCCUCGGCCGAGCUGGCGGGUGGCGGCACCCGUCGCAUGCUGCAACAGCGCCACAUCCAGAUGAUGGCUCUUGCCGGGACCGUGGGCACCGGCCUGUUCCUCUCCACCGGCCGGGCCCUGGCCGCCGGCGGGCCGCUGGGUCUACUGCUCGGGUACGCCCUCAUCGGCACGCUCGUCUGCGCCGUCGUUUUUUCGGUGGCGGAGAUGAGCGCGCUGGUGCCGCUGUCGGGCGGCGUGGUGCGGCACGCCGCCCUGUUCGCAGACCCGGCGCUGGCGUUUGCGCAGGGCUGGAACAGCGUGUACUCGAAUGCGGUGCUGCUCCCGGCGGAGAUGGCGGCGUGCGCCGUCAUUCUCGACUACUGGGGCCAUGCGAUCCAUCACGCCGUGUGGAUCACGGUGCUGGGCGGGCUGCUGGUGGUGAGCAAUCUGUUCCUGGUGAGCGUCUACGGCGAGUUGGAGUUUGCGUGUGCGCUGCUCAAGAUGGCGCUCAUUAGUAUAUGCAUCACCGCCGGCGCAGGUCCCAGCGGUCACGCCAUUGGCUUUCGGUACUGGCGCGAUCCUGGCCCGUUUGCGCAGUUUGAGCACCUCCCCGGCGCCGGCGGCCGCUUCCUCGGCUUCUGGCGUGUGCUCCUCAGCGCGGCCUAUGCUUUUUCCAACGUCGAAAACGUGUCCGUCGCCGCCGCAGAGACGCAGAACCCGCGGCACAACAUCCCCAAGGCGGCGCGGCGCGUCUUCUGGCGCGUCUUGCUGCUGUAUCUGGCCACCGUUCUGUGCAUCGGGCUCGUGGUCCGGUCGGACGAUGAGGCGCUCAUGGCGCGCUCGGGCGAUGCUGGCGCGAGCCCGUUUGCGAUUGCGGCCGUGCGGGCGGGUAUCAAGGUGGUGCCAUCCAUCAUCAACGCCGUCGUGGUGACGAGCGCGUGGAGUGCCGCGAAUUCAGCCAUGCUGGUUGGCACACGCACGCUGUACGGCCUGGCGCUCGACGGCCACGCACCGCGCUUCUUCACGUGGACGAACCGCUUCGGCGUGCCGUGGACGUGCGUCGCCGCCGUGGCCGUGCCGCUGCCGCUCGGCUUCAUGACGCUGUCGGCCGGCGCGGCCGCCGUCUUUGGCUGGCUGCAGGACCUCGUCGCCGCCGCCACGCUCGUGCACUGGAUCACGAUUGCGCUCGUCUACCUGCGCUUCCACUACGGCGCCCGCGUGCAGGGCAUCGCCCGCGAGGUGCUGCCGUGGAAGGCGCCGUUCCAGCCGUACGGUGCCUGGGUGGCGCUCGUGUCGUGCGUCGUGCUGCUGCUCACGGGCGGCGUCCCGCUGCUGGUCGGAGGCCGCUGGAGCCCCCAGGAUCUGUUCUCAGCGUACUUCAACGUCCCGCUCAUCUUGGCGCUGUAUUUUGGGUACAAGACGGCGAGGGGCACCAAGGUGGUGCCGCUCGGGGAGCUGCCGAUUCGACACUUUGUGGAGGUGCUGCGCAGGGAGGAGCCAGAGCAGCUGCCGCCGCCGCCGCGAGGAUGGCGCAGGCUCAAUGUGCUCUGGGGGUGA